CCUCCUACUACAAAAUAAUGUUGGAGACGUUAAUGCUAACGGCAGUGCUAGCUAGCUAUUUGCUGGCUACUAGCCUUGCCUCCUGUUUUUCAAUCAGGAGCCCGGUCCUGUCCCGUCUGCCAAGCAACCAUCCUAAAGCUGCCAUUUCUCAAAGAUAAGUACAUGUAUAUUACAGUAGGGCUAUUUUCAAGUCAUAUGUACUGGAGGCCACAUUUUUCACUCAGUUAAGGUUGCUAGGGGGACUCCCUUCACUAUUCUCAUUGUUUUGUGCAUCAUGUCAACUUAAGGCUCUGUCAUACCUUAAACAUUUGACGUGCUGUUUUUAAGUCCCAAUCGCAAAAACACCAGUGAAAGAUCCUCUACCUGUAUAUGACAGGAUUGCUUGCUGAUUUGAUGGCAGUGUUGGCUUACCUCCCAUCCUUCUCCCUCUACAACCAAAUGCCCUCUAAUUGCUUUGAUUGAUGAAAUGGGUGUUUUCCUGCACCGAAAGCGCAGUUGACUAGCAUGCGUUAAAGUACUGUCACUUUUUUGAGUUUGUUUUUUUUAUGUACACCUCAUCAGAGAGUGCAAAAAAAAACAGUUUUAUUGGAAGUGUCAUCUAACUAUGAUGUUUUAUUAUAAAUGCCGCUUGUAGACUGUUCAUGUGUGUCUAAUGUUGUGUAUUCCUGCAGCAUUGUCGGGUAUGGACCAGAGGCGGGUACAUACUGAGACACUCGCCAAUAUAGUCUAGUCUUUAGCCUGCUGCUCAGACUCAUCCAGUGGCUUCAUCACUUUUUAUAGGUGUGUCUGGGAGAGGUCCUGUUCAUUGUUUGCCCCCAGCUCUUCCUUAGAGGAGGAGGAGGAGGAGGAAGGAACAGAUAAAUCGAAUUCUGUUUUUCAUCACCCCGACUUCAUUCUUCACAGCCCCUUUUUGAUGAGACAGGGGAGCAAACGUGGGUGGAGUUUGGAGAUUUACAGCUGACAAAUUGUGCCGGCUACUAAAGCCAAGGGCCGCCACUAAUGAACAGCCGCUGCAAUCACGCAGUUUGUAGGGUGGAGGGGGGGUACGGUGUGCAAGGGAGCCCAUCGAUCCAGUGUCAGCCUUGGGGUGGUGUAAAAUUGUAUUCUGACCCUGUCACGUCAGAGGGCAUUCAGCAUCGUGGUAUAUUAUAUUUUUUCCUUCUUAUGCCACAAGGAGACGGGACGUGUGUGCAAACAGGCAACAAAAGCCCUUCCUGCACGGUGUGAAUAAAUGCUGUCACCCCAAACACCACGCCAUUAUUUCCCCCCUUUCUUUUUGUACCCCCAUGGGUAUUGGCGUGCAGCCGCCGGCCACAGCUGUUGCCUGGUGGCAAUGCACACUGCAGCAGGUUGUCAUCAGCCUGCUAGCAUCCUCAUGGAAGAGAGGAGAUGAGCGGCGUAAUUAGCGGAGAAUGAGGCCAGCAGCAAGCCAAGUGGUCCUCUGGGAGGACCCCCCCCCCCACUCCCGCCUCCUGCCGGGUCUCAGGGGACCUUGAGACGUGUGGCUAAUCCACAGGGAGCUACCUGUUGGACUGACUGCUAGGGUGUUAACAGAGAACAGCUUCUGGGUUUAACUGAGCGUGACCUAGACGUUGCACAGAAGACAUUUUCCAGGAAAAUGCUAGUUAGUGGAGAAUAACAAUGAUCGCUGGUCAUUUUAUUACUGUAGCGAACAUCUACACACCAAGGAAACGUUAAUGACGGUCGUGUAAUCCUUUCUAAAUGUAUUCCAUUCACAUUACCCACAGGCAAGCCUUAUUAGGAGACUGAUUUAUUCAAUUAAAUCUUCUGUAAGUAAACGCUAGUGGUGGAAAAAAUCAAUAUUAAUGCAUGAGCGAGGUAUGUUUUUUCUUUUAAUGAGAUUUUAUGAGCAAGUAGAUAUAUCGGUCCUUGUUAUAAAAUAGCUGGCCUAUGCGUCGUUAAUCAACACUACAAUUAAGUAAUUCAUGCAACCAAGUUGGAAAGACGUUGUGCAUUUGUAAAGAGAUAGCAGCAUUGUAAUUAGUGGCAUUCACCACCUGAGAGUAGAGCAGGCAGGCACCUACAAUGUUAACACGUACACUUUUGCAGUAAUAUUAAAUAUUGUUGUACUUAUUCUGCAAUGUGGUAUAAUAUUUUACAAAAAAUAUUUAUUUUACAAAUUAUAUGUUGAAAAAUAAGAUUACUUUAAAAUAAAUAUAAUACUGUGAAAAAUAAAUUUAGCUUUCUGGCUAACUUUCCUUCCACCUCCUCAGUGGACCCCAGAUCGUUCCUUUGUUCCAAUCCCUAAUUCUGUUUGUGGUGAUGUUGAAAUGCUUGAUUACAAAUGUCACUGCAAACUUCAGCUUUACAGAUGCCAUGUCUGCUCUGCCUGCUUCCCUUUUCAGAGGAAAAUAUUUAUAUUAAGACACACAGUCAUCUUGAAUGUUGACAUUUGGACUCUGCUGUUGCAAUUGCUUCUCACGUGUGGCGUGCAUGGUCGUGUAUUCUGUGUCUGUGCGUUCCUCAAGCAUCUCUUGUGCGUCUGUGUGCGUUGGUGUGUGCAGGUGUACGACGGCCGCUUAUGUUCCAUCUGCGUGUGCCGCUGAUGAGUAAAGCCAUGAAAUAGAUCCAGCUGGAGAUGCGCGCCGCGCAGCAAAGCCUCCUGGGAAAUCAUCCGCACCGUGUCCACUUCUUUUAGCACCCGGGAGAACUAUCAAUAAUUAAGAGAUUGUUCCGGCCGUUUGGAUCCAUCAGAUGAGCUCAACGAGAUGAUGGGUGACAGUAGGGAAAGUAUAUAAGCUCCUUUACCCCCUGAUUUAUUUGCCUAAAAUCAUCUUAAUGGGAACGUUAAAGAAAAUACAUCAGGGACGUGAGACAUUUCUGCCCAGCAACAGAAGAGUGUUUUAAUGCUAAGAUACAAGAUAAAGAACCUUACAUUAAUGCAUGGCCAACAUGGUGGAAAGUUGAAUGUGGAAUCUGUCCUCUGAUGAUUGGCUGCCUGAUGCCUGCUGGAUUAAAAACACACUAAGGGGGGAGAGAGUGGGAGAGUAACCAAAGGGGGGGUCGGAUAAAGAGGAGCAUCCCGCCUGCGGCAGACGGCAAACUAAAAGUGAAAUCUCAGCAUCAUGACCGGGAAGGACGGCGCUGUGCUUUCAGACACCGAGAACAAACAGACACCCACCGGUCACGUAGGACCCCAGCAGCCGCCCCCUGCGUGGAAGAUGGCCCCCACUGGGCACCGGCGCACCGGCUUCGGCAUCCAGGAGCUGCUUGGCCUGAAUAAGGAUCCACCACCACCGAUGACGACCACGACGCCGCCAGCUGCUACCACACCGAGGCGGCCGCUGGAGGCCUUGCCCCACAGGGCUCACGUCCUGGCCGCCAGGUCGGCCCUCGGGCACGGCGCUCUGGGUGUGGGCCUGCUCGGGCCCGAAGGCAUCCACUCGUUCUACAGCCAGCCCGCCUUCCUGGAGGUGCUGUCCGAGGCGCAGAAUGUGCACCUGCAGCCGCUGCAUCGGACCUCGCAUUUGGACGCGCACACCUCGGCCACCUCGGAUUCUGAUGACAUGAGUCUAUCCCCUGGCGAUAAAAAGUUCUCAAAAUCAUCUUUGAGCCAGAGCAAGAAAAGAAAGAAAAGACGACACAGGACUAUUUUCACCUCCUAUCAGCUGGAGGAGCUGGAGAAAGCCUUCAAUGAGGCUCACUAUCCAGAUGUGUACGCCAGAGAGAUGCUCUCCAUGAAGACAGAGUUGCCAGAGGACAGAAUACAGGUGUGGUUCCAGAACCGUAGGGCCAAGUGGCGGAAGCGGGAGAAGUGCUGGGGCCGCAGCAGCGUGAUGGCGGAGUACGGCCUGUACGGCGCCAUGGUCCGGCACUCCAUCCCUCUGCCAGAGUCCAUCCUGAAGUCUGCCAAGGAGGGCGUCACGGAGUCGUAUGCCCCGUGGUUAUUAGGUAUGCACAAGAAGUCUGUGGAAACGUCACACGGACCUGCAGAUAAAAACACAUUGACGCCGCCGCCUACACAGGAGAAGGCGGCAUUGGUGUCGGCGGCAGAGGAAAAGGAGCGGACAAACAAUGACACGUCGCCCAUCACAAAGGAUGAACUGCGGGUGAACAGUAUCGCCACACUGCGAGCCAAGGCGCAGGAGCACAGCGCCAAGAUGCUCGGGACGCGCGCGCGCAAAGGGGAAGAGGAAGACGGGUCGACAGAGGAUGAAGCGGCGGACAUGGAUGACUGAGAACACUUCUUAACUGCUUGAAAGGGGUCAUGCAGGUUUAAGAAGUGAAAUACUAUAUUUAAUGUCUGAUAUUCUAAGCCAGCCCUUCGCUGCAACAAAGAAUCUGGCUGCCUCCUGUUAGAAAUGCUCCACGGGGGUAUAAGCCAGAGCUAGUUUUGACCUUUGACCUCCACGUGACUUCUGCUCAUCUCAUUAAGCACAGUAGGAAGCCCUGUCACUGCGCAAUACAUACCCGCAACGCAAUCGGUUCAGCUGGGUCCUGCACAUGUGCAAAACGCGUCUACAUCCGAUCAGCGUAUUUUUCGGCAGUCACAUGUUAGGCAUCUGUUUUACGACAGCAAGCAAUAUAUGUCCCCCUCCUCGCCCAAAAACGUUAUUAAGAUAGAAAUUUGAGAAAUAACAUAAUUAAUCUCUUUUUUUUUUGGUUCCAUAAAUUAUUAGAUUUUUUUUCACCACAAAAAAUGCAAACAAAAGCAUUUUCUAGGAAGAUAUGUAUGGAUGGAUGGUGUUUCCCCGUCUAGACAAAAAAACUGAAAAAACUGAAUGUCUAGAUUAAUUCAUCAUCGCACUCUACUUAUGGUCGUUUACAUUGAAAUAUAAACUGCAUUCUAUGUGUUUUAUUCUAUUUAUGUAUGUUACACGUAACCGGAUAUGACGUUCACGUCUGCGCUAGUGCAUUGCGUAAGUUUUUACGUAGCUCAGUCUUGGAUGUCAUAAGACGAUAGAAACAUCCCCACGCUAAAAAAAGUAUUUUAACAAGAGUCACUUAUAAAAUAACCUCCCAACAUAUUACAUAUAUGAAGUAUGGUUAUUGACCAUUUAUGUUCAUACACUUAAAAAAUAACAACAGCACGUGACGUCGCAGAAGCGCUGUCGUAAAAAUGAGCUAGAGCACAUGUCAAACCGAGACGCUGCAGGUUUUCUCUCCAACCAGUUUCUUCAGCAGGUGAUUUAAUUGAUGAGCUCCUUCCCUCAAACUGAAGGUGUUGAUUAUUAAAAUCACCUGCUUUAGUGACUGGCUGGAAAGAAAACCUGCAGUGUCUCGGCCCUCCAUGGCAAGAGUUUGACACCCCCAUUUGCGUUCCGGGUACGUACUGCGCAGUGACAAGCCCCAGCAGCCCCUUUUAAUGUGACCACGUGUGUACAUACUUGAUGAACUGUAUAAUAGUUGGAUUAUCUGUGUUUGUCUUUGUAUAUA